AAACAUCCGCUGUUUCUCAGAAAAUGUUCGCUGGCCAGGAUGAACCUCUGCCAGUCUCUUGCCUGACUUCUAAGAUCAUUCUCCUCCUUUCUCCUCACGCGCGAUGGCCAACGAUCAGAAGCUGCGCCGGUUCGCUUGGGGCAUCCUGCUCGUGCUAGUUCCUGCGGCGGCGAUGGGCGCCGAGGAACCGCAGGCCUGCACCCAAAUGCGAGGCGAGUGCCGGCUGAAGACUCAGCAGCAGCGGCUAGGCGAGGACCUUUUCACACAUCUUAAUGUGUCUUGCUACUGCAAGCACGGGGAGGAUGUAUUCGAAGACCUGCAAGACCUGCUUUCGGUCAGAUGUUCCUGGUUGCCAUCAGAACCGCAUAUGAAGGUCAACAGCUCGACAAUCCAUGUUGUUGGAUGCAGCGUUAAGUCACAAAUGUUCCCUCUGGGGAUCCUGCAACUGGCACGUCGCACUGACAGCUUAGAGAUCCUAGUAAAGGAUUCCCCUAAAUUACGACUGGCUCCCAUGUCAACAGCUGAAAACACAGUGCCCAAGAUUUCAGCCAGUUUCGUUAAUAGCAACCUCAGCGGUCUCCCCGAGGGUUGGGUCACAGGCGGGAAGGAGGUCGAACUCGUGAUGAAGGACUGCGAGGUGUCCGUCAUUGAGUCGCGAGCCCUGGCUGGCUACGACGAAGACGCACAGGUUCAGGCCACGUUCGUCAAUACUGAUAUUUUAACCGUGCAGAUGGUGGCCUUUGAGCUUCCCAAGAACAGCUUCCUGAGGCUGGAAAACGGCCAGAUCCUGAACUGGAAACGCUCAGGAUACACCGGAGGUUCUGAGCUGCACCUGGAAAGAGUUCGCCUUGGAAAAGUCCUCACCAAUGCCUUCGACAUCGGCAGCCUUAGCGUCUUUACCAUGUCUGACUGCAGUGUGGCCGCCAUAUAUGACGAGGCUCUGGCUUACCAUGGCGCUUUGAAUAGAAGAGAAAAGGGGAGCAAGAAAGCAGUUAUCACUAACAACAACUUCAUCGAGGCCAGUGGAGCAGCCUUGUCGCAUCUCUGCAACUUCGAUACACUUAGCUUCCAUAACAACACCUUUGUCAGCCUCACAAAUCCUCCACUUCGGCUCCAUCGUCCUGGGUGCCAUCCUAAGCGACAGUGGGACAAGGUCGUCAGCAGGAUAGGACUCAGUUGCACGAGAUGCGAAGACUUCAUCAACCCUGACACUCAGAGUUGUGCCAUCUACAAAAACGCCCAGUGCAUAUCAUGUACAGAACAUCUGGACGAGUGUAACAUCGAUGUACUGCCCUAUCUUGUGCUGAACAAGUGUUCCAGUUCGCACCCCGCGUUGGUCGAGUCCCUGCAAAACACCUGUGACUUCCAAGCUGAAGUGGCCGCCCCUCAGGCCAGGUCUUUGGACUCGGGCACUGCUAACACUGCACCUGCAGCUCUGGCGAUAGUGGCUGGGCUGAUCCUGUCUGUGCUGGAGGGAAGGAAAGGCUACAGUAGUUAAGGAAUGCACUCUGACAAUAUGGUUUGGCCAUGGUCACGGCUGAUUUACGACUGCGCGACUCGGAAAGAGCAACGGGGAUAUGUUAGUGACUGCGCUCUUUCGAUGAUGUACUGGGAUACACGAAAAAGCACAGUGUAUUCGCUCUGUGACCAAAGGAACACUCGACACUAGUGAAGUUUCACUAUGCGGGAUCAAUUCGUGUAGAUAAUGCACUUGAAUAUACACGAUACCCAUCGUGCGAGGUGGAUGGUGCUUAACAUAACAGUAGACUUCUUUCUGAGAUUUAGGUUUCCAGCCCGAGCAAUGUCGUCGUCCUGGAAACCGCAGCACGCUCGCAAAAAGCAGUGUCACCCGGACUGUUUGAGGAACCCGGUGUGACGACGUACAAUCAGACUAUUGGCUAUUUUAUCAUGUGUUUAAAAUAGAAUAACAGCCACUCGUUUCAUAAAUUGCAGGCAUAUGUUUUUACGUACACAAGCACAUAUACAUGCAUAUACAUACAUUUAUGCAUAUAUACUGACGUACAUAUUGUACAUACAUACAUGUGAAUUUAUAUAACGUACCUGCUGUGAUGUCAAGUGUCAGCAUUAUGUAACACACGGUCGAUUAACAAUAGUUUUUCGAUGCUGACUACUGUAGUUUUCAGGUGCAAAGUUGGCUGAGAGGGUGUAAGAUUGCAAUCACUAGUACAACACAAUUCAGACCACAUCUUUGCCAUUCAUCUCCGUAACCGUUCAUUUAUCAUUUUUUCUAACAGCUUCGUAUCCAAAUGGUCCUUAUGAACACACUACCAGAUUCCCAAUACAUGCACCAAAGAGGGAACGGAGAUCUGCUCUGAUAUUUUUAUACCUUAUUGUUAUCAUUAUUAUUAUCAUUAUUAUUAUUAUUAUUAUUAUUAUUAUUAUUAUUAUUAUUAUUA